UUCCCUCCCACGUUUCCACUUCUCCCGAGAUCUUUCCUUUCUUUCUGGGGCUAAACGCUGAUUUUAUCCCUUGGACCGUUCACCUUGCUUUCCUCUCCUUACCCGCCACUUGCCUCUCGCCGCCGCGUGAUUUGGUUUCUUUCGGGUUUCAUCUAACAACUUCCCGUGCCAUCUGCCCAUUUGCCCACCAUGGCCAAAUUCGCCGCUGUUCCUAUCCUACGAGGGUUGCAGCUCGCCAUGGCUCUGACGAGUCUUGGCCUCAGCGCAAAAGUUGUCAACUGGUACAUGAUGGGAAGCCGAACCUCAUCGCCAGAGGCAUUCGUCUUCCUCAUCUUCACCUCUCUCUUCUCCCUUUUCUCUCUCGUCUACCUCGUGGUGGUACCUCGAUUCGCCCCUCGAUUCGCCCAGCCCUAUGCCUCGAUCGCGGUGGACAUGACCAACACGGCCUUGUACUUUGCUGGAUUCAUUGCGCUGGCCGUCUUCAUGACCAACCUUACCUUCUGCCGCGGUACCGUCUGUGCCGUGGGUCGAGCCGACGCCGUCUUCGCUGCUGCGCAGUUCACGGUCUGGAUCGCCUCGACCAUCCUUAUGGCCAAGGACUUGUUUGUGAACAGCAGCAGGGUGCCCAAGGAUAUCAACCACGAGGAUAGCAACCACGAAGAUAGCAACCACGAGAUGUCGCAAGCGUAACGGACGAUGAACGAACCGAGAUACGAGACUAGCUGCAGUAUACGUGAAACUUUGGAAUGGGAAACGAUUUUAGGAUUGUUGACCAUGGGUUGGUUGGCUGGGCGGAUAGUCCAGGACAGGACAUGACGGGACAG